AGGCUCAAGGAGCUGAAACAGAGGGAGUUUGCUCGAAAUGUAGCUUCUAAGUCAAGAAAAGAUGAAAGAAAACAGGAAAAGGCCCUUCAACGUUUGCACAAGUUAGCUGAGCUAAGGAAAGAGGCAGCCUGUGCUCCUGGAAGUGGCCCCAUGUUCAAAUCCACUACAGUAACUGUGCGUGAUAAUUUCAGUGAUAUCCCACAAAGUGCUGCCAUAGACUCUGCUAACAUACAAGAUUUCAACUGCACAUUAACGCAUAGUGCACAGAAUUCUGAAGAUGUUGCUUCUGUUAUUUCUUCCACUCCUGAAAAUGCAUGUAGUAAUAAAUCCGACACUAACAAAUUUGGAGAUCAAGUUCAAGGAGCUCAAGGACAUAAAGUUGGGUUCUCUUUUGCUUUCCCUAAGAAAGCAGCAGUCAAACUGGAGUCUUCAGCUGCUGCUUUCUAUGAAUAUAAUGAUGAAACAUCUAUUGAGCAUGGUUUUAGCAGAAAAAGUAGAUUUGUUCCAGGAGCUUGUAAUCUUCAGUCUCCAUCAGCAGAAAUGGUUCUGUGCCCUGAUGAGAAACGUAACUGCUUUCCCCCACUGGUAGAAAAAUGCGCUGUGACAGAAGAAGCUCCUGAAACUCAGGAUUCAAAACAGCCAGCCUGUAAAGAAAACAGAAUGCUAGAGAGUCCCAUAUUGUUUCCUGAUGUUUCUCAUUCAAAAAAACCUGUGUCUUCUGAUUUGGAUGGCUACAAUAUUAAUGUAAGUACAACAGAUUUACCAGAUCAAACACUGUCCACAGGUGCAACCAGUAAUCAUGUACUGCCUCUGGAAUGUAACACUUAUGAGCUGCUGGGAAACGGAUCUCUAGCUCAGACUGCUUUGGAGAAUUGUUUAUCUCUGCAAGAUAUUGCAAGGGAAAAUAAUAAAGACAGGAACAUUGAUCCAUCCACAAUUGAAAAUGAAAUAAGACAACUUGGGGCUGAUGCAUUGAUUUCAUCAAAUUAUGAAGAAGAUAAUAGAACCCCACAAAGUAAAUCAGAGACACACAAAAGACCCUCUGAACCAUUUGUUCCUGUUCUUAGCAAACAUGGAUCAAAUAUACUUCAGUGGCCAUCAGAAAUGUUAAUUUACACAAAUACAGACCCAUCCAUUUCUUAUAGCUGUAAUCCUUUAUAUUUUGACUUCAAGUCAUCAAAAGCAAGUGAUAGCCAAGAAAAGCCCAAGCAUCAGCCACACAUACCUCAUUCUCACCAUAAAACUGAAUCCAACCAUAGCCUAGUCUUAGGUUUUACAAAUAAAUCCACUUCCGAAUGUGGUGAUUAUGAAAUGGAAAUGGAUCAAAAUGUGUGCAACUAUACAAUACCUCUCAUAAGUGAUGUUUCCCUCAUCAGAAAUUGUGAUCUUGAAAAAAAUCAAGAUAAAAUGUGCUUGGAUGAGUCAUUCAGGAUAAGAAAAAUAGAAAAGUGUCACAUUUCUAAAAAUCAUUUACGACAAAACACUGUGAUAGAUAAGAAACAUAGCAAAGUCCAGAUCAAAGAAAGUCAUGUAAAACGGCUUUGCAAAAAUAGAAAAUGGAAAAAGAGAAGAAAACUAUGUCAUUGCCAUCAUCAUCAUCACUGUCGGGAAGUAGCAAAGGCAGAAAUGAAGAUUUCCUCAGUGCCUGAACAGGAAAUUAAUUAUAUAGAUGAAAAUAAACAUCAGUACCUUCAAAAUAAUCCAGAGAAGUGCAGAUAUGAUGCAGGGAAUAUCUCGUUACCUACAGAUGAGAUACAACAGUCAUCUCAAAAACUUGGCUUUGAAAACAAAACUCAUAGAAGAGCCAUAGCUGCAUCAGCUCAUGCAUAUGGGGACAGAGGCUCAUGUGAGAUUUGGAAUGCAAAAAAUAGUAACCACAGCACUGAUUCUAACCACAGGAAGAGCAAAGCAAGCUCUCGGAGACAAUCAAAACAACUGACUCUGAAUUCCAGAAGACAUAACUUAAUGUGCUCUAGGGCAUUUUGUAGUUGGAAAGUCAGAAGAUCAAGGUGUAGCCCAGAGCAUAAAUGUUUAGGACACGGCAGUGAGAAGAUUCUGAGUCAAAAUCAGUCCAUAAAGAGAGGUUACAACUUUCUGACAGAUGAACCUGAAAAAUCCCACGGAAAACGAAGACAACAUACCUAUUCCUGUUCAUCAGAUGAAAGUUUGUACAGACAGACAUUUUUAGCAGAAGAAUAUUUAAGGCAAACAAGUACUUUAGCUGCACAUCACAAGGCAAAAGGGAAACGCAGGCGGAGGAAAACUAGAAUACGUCAUGUAUUUAUUGACAGAGAUGCAAGAAGUGAGACCUCCAGAGCUUUGGAAGAAAAUUCUACAAAUUCUACAUUAAAUAUUUUGGGAGAACUGUUGGUUCAAGACAAUAUAGAGCAAACUGAUAUGGAUCCCGAAGUUGUUAAUGGAAAAAAUACAGAUGAAACAAUGCAGCUGGUGGAAAACAAGUCAUCUCUACAAACUGAUAGCUCACAUUUGCUGGGGAAAGACAAACUGACAGAGUGUUCAGCAGCAGAGAACACUUCGAGUACGUUUUCAGAAGUUGUCACACAUUCGGCUGCUUCUGUUCCUGAGCGUAAUGUUCCAGCCGCUGCAACUACAGAGGACGUUCUGGAAGAUGAAAAGAAAAAUGGAAAUGUGAACAAUCAUGAAAAUCAAGCUCCUUAUAAAGUGCCCAUCACCAAUUUGGAACAGGUUUUCCCUAGAUCAUUUCUUUGCCACUAUGAAUUGGCUGAGGCUGUACCGCUUGAGAAAAUUAAUGAGGUGACUAGUGAAUGGGUACGGUGUAAUUCUGGCAUAUUUAACAGCCCACCACCUUUGCCAUUCAAAGAAACACAUAUAAACAGUCAUACCUUUUUAACUACUGAGCAGUUAAUUGCCCCCUUCACCCUGCCAGAUCAGACAUUGAUGUUUCCUCCGGAUAAUCACGAAAAAUUCAAAGACCUCCAAUCCGAAGCAUAUCAACAGAUCAUGCAGCAAAACAUGCUGGCUAACAAAGUGAAAUUUACCUUUCCUCCUACAGCAGUCCAGCCCCCGAGUUCUCCUUUGCCCUUACCUUUGCAGCAGCCACUGUGUUCUACCUCUGUUACCACAAUUCAUCACACUGUUUUACAGCAGCAUGCAGCUGCAGCAGCAGCUGCUGCAAGUACAUUUAAGGUUCUUCAGCCCCACCAGCAGCUCCUCUCACAGGUCCCCACUCUUUCCAGAACACCUUUACCUCAUCUAUCAGUAGGACCUAGAUUUUUUCCAGGAGGCCAUGCAACUUUUGUUGCUCCACCGCAUUUGCCGCUGAUUCCGACUUCAGUCCUCCAUCCAACGCACCUGACUUUUCCCCCACUGCCGCACACAGUGUUUCCUUCCCUGCUGUCGCCACAUCCAGCUGUCAUUCCACUGCAGCCCCUCUUUUAGGACAGAUCUCUAGCAGAAGCAAUGGGAAAAAGGAGCCUUCAAAUAAACUUGCUAUUUCUACAGUCUCCUCAGCUUUGCAAAACUGUUGUGUGAAUUAGUGAAAUAAACAGGUUAAAAAUACUCAUUCAUUUAGAAGGAUUUACUGUAAGUAUAAUGAUGCAAAUAUUUAUGUAAAAUUCAGACCUAUCCUAUAAUUAAAGCACUGAAUAGUCUGAUACUACUAUGAACUAUAUAUACAUAAGUGCAAAUCAUGUCUUAGAAUAUGUAUAAUGUACAUAAAAUAUAUUUAUAGUCUGUAACUUAUGUUGUAAAGUAUUCACUUUUUGGUUUUUAUCUUUAUGUAUUUGCACCUGUUUACUGUUUAGACAAAGCUGAUGCACUAUGUUUUGUACUAUGUUCUCUGAAACUGUAAUCUAGUGACAAACUAUCUCUUGCAAUAAAUUUUUGUUAACUACUUAAUUAAAUCAAAAAUCUUUCAUUGUAAGCCUCAUGGAAGUUCUUCCAUGUUGUUGUGCAUUUGAAUAACAUCCUCUGCUCCUGCUGUAUUUGGAUAAUCAGGUUUCCUGUACUUCAGUGAUUUAUCACAGAGGCUCAGAAGCUAAUACCUUGAGGACAGCUGUCUUACUGAGCAAGAGAGAAAGGAUAAUAGAUCUGUUUGUGUUAGCGGUUUGAUGUCACCAUGACAAAUUUUGCCUCCUUGGAGUAUGUGCACAAACUGCUGACUGUUUGAGCUAAUCUCUUUUAUAUUAAACCAUGAAAAGACUACGUAACAAAAAUAACAUAAAUGAUAGAGAAAAAGAAGAAAAAAAUCAAAGACCGUUUGACUUAAAAUGGAAUGGUCAGCUACCUUAUAUUGAAACCAUGCAGCAUAGGGAAGACCUUAUUUCCAUCAAGCCUCCAAAUGUUCUCCUUUUUUGCAUGCCUAAAUUUUGCAUGUCCACAUGAGCAAACACUUAAAGGGUGUCUUGCCUAAUUUGCUCUGUGAAACCCACAUUUAUACUUAGUUUUAGAGAGCUCAAAUUCGGUACUCAUCUAGGUGGUAGACAAUGUAGCCUCUCCCUCCCCCCAUUAGAGGGAGUGCAGUAGACUGCCUACUUUAAAAUGCAGGUGUACGCAGAAGAAUCAGCUAAAUACUUAUAGGCUGUCUUUGAUUGACACACAUCUUACAUUUACCUCAGUGGGAGACAAAUCUGUCAGAUGAAGAUCCUUUCCAUUUUUGCAAUACAUGGAAAUAGCAAGAAUAUGUAAGCAUGACGGGAGGUAAUGAAGAACUUCAAAUGUGGAACUUUUAAUUCCACAGCAGUUUGAUUCAAAUUCUUACCUCAUUUCACUCUAUUUCCUGCAGCAUUUUGCCAUAAAAAGAAUAAUAUAGAAUAGAAAUAACAAUAAUAUAUAGCUAUUACUUCUAACUGUAAUUCAGAGAAUUCUCUCUACCUCUGCAGCCUUUUACUGUUGUCAAACUUCAUCCAACUUUAGCUACUGAAGUCUUCUCAUUUACUUUAAUAUGAGAUAUAUUAGGCCCACAACUGUGAUGGCCCAAAAUCAAUAUAGAAGUGAUUCUGAAAUAGAACUGUCUUUUUGACUUAAAAUGAAAUAGUCAUGUGAGUGAAGCUAAGAAUUUGCAGCAGGAUCUUCAGUGAUAGCAGUAGGCCCUCUGUAAUAAAAGGUAAGCUAGCUCUGAAAUUACUGAUUUCUUUUCACCAUUUAUAUAUUAUAAUGAAAUUAUACACAGUUGAACUGAAAGAAUGUAACUUUGAAGAUUAUUAAAAUACGUUACAUAUUAAUAGAUGCAUACAUUACCCAUUUAACAAGGAAUAUUAUAUUCUGAAUAAUAUAUGUCUGGAUGUUAUUUUUUGCAUCUAUAACCUUAGAACUUGACUAUAUCAAUAUUGCCAGUUUUAGUAUAGAAUUGCAUUAAAUCUAUAAGAAGUAACAUUUUGUCAAUUAUGAUCACAAUGUUAGAUGCUUAAGGUUUGUAAGCUUUCCUUGUGCCACUAUAAAGGGCAGAAUUAUGUUAAUAAGCAAAAAGAUAAGAGCACAUGAGUCAUCUGGUUAUGGAAAGCCUCUUGAAACCCCUGUCUGAGAGUAUGGCAUGGAACAGGAUGUUGCUGAGCAUCUAUGCGUAUAAUGCCAUAAAGAGGAUAUUUUUUUCUCUAGCUUGUAGUUUCAAGUGACUACCCAUUUUUAUCUGUCUGAUAUAUGGAAAAUAUAGUUUAAGUUGCCUCAUCCUAUUCUUUGUUAUUUCAGGAGUAUGCCUAUGUAAUCUGUAUGUCUCCACUACCCCCUGUAAUGUACAGGUGUGAAGCUGGCUCUAAGCCACAUUGCUCAGGCACUGGACUCCAUAUAGCAACAGCAGUAAAAGGUGCAUGCUAGUUCAUCUCAUAUCUUAGCUCACUCAAGCCAGCUUUUUGUACCUCUGUGCUCUUCUGCAAAAGUCAGUGCAGACAUUUCCCCUAGAUUCUGAUGUCUUAUCAAAGAAAUCAAUCUAGUUAUACAACAGUACGCUUCAAAAGAAAAAAAAGAAACAAUGUAGGACAGUUAUUGUUACACUUUAUCACAUCCAUACAUUUUUAUCUAGCAGGAAAUUAAAACGUAAAAAUUUCAAAUUUUCAGUUAUAAUGUUCAUUGAAAAAUCUCAUCUGUUAACUUAGAUGUCCACAUUUUUCCA